AUGCCACGAGCGAGCACAAGUCGCCACCCACUCGACCUCCCCGAACGUCAUGACCAUGAUCCUGUGCAACUCCGACUCGAGCAACUGUUCCCCUCGGCUGAUCCGGCCUACCUCGCUCAGGUGAUCGAGCACCAUCGCCCGCAGCCUCGCACGGACCCUGCUGCCGCCACACUGGGCAGACCCCGACGCCGACUCGGAGCAGGACUCGCCAGCAACAGCAGCGCAUCGUACGGUGACGGCGGCGCAGGAGACGAUCACGAGGACGAGCACAAGGCACUCAUCAACCAAGUGUACCACAAACUGGUCGAGAUCAACCAUCACGAGUACCCGCGCUGCGUCAGGCGGCCUGUGAACGAUCACGACGCGCUCCCCCCUGCGUCGAUCCUGCGCCAUGACCAGGUGCAAAAGAGGUGGCGGCAGCAGCAGGUCACGCUCAGUGGCAGUGAGAAUGGUAGUCGCAGUCGCAGUCGCAGUCGUACUAGUAGUGGCAGUCGCAAGCAAAAGCACCUUCCUGUAUUACCACCUCACACCUUGGCGCUCGAUCGUACGCUCAUGAUGAACCAGGCCAUGUAUGUUGGCGCAGUGUGUUCGUCCGUUGCUAGCCGUUCCGCUCACCCCUUGCCCGUUCCCGCCCCACCCAGAAUUCGCCUCCACACGCUGUUUCCGACGACCCCUAUUUCGGACUUGCGCGACGUCGUGGCCAUGCAACCCCACUCGCACCUCUUUCUCGCUACCGAAGAAUUGCUCUUGCGUCAACGUUCUCCAAUCAAGGCCAAGUCGACCAUGCCCGCUUUCAACUGGCACACCUUUUUCACAUUCACUCCCAACGAGAAUCGCACUCGAGGAGCCAAACCGGCUCCACCUGUACCUACUCUGACCCGAGACGACCUGCUCAGAUCCCCUCGCCACGUCUCACACCUCGUCGACCAUCUCCAGCGCAUGUAUCCCAACGUACCCACCUCGAGCAUCCGGUCCCUCGUCGCCGAAGGCGGAUCGUACUCGACCAUCCAAGAAGCUGUCCUGAACUGGCGUCAACGCCAAUCCAAACUCAAGGCUUUCUUCAACGACCUCUUCUCCGCCCCUCCUGCUCGUCCUCUCAGCUUCCAUGCCUCUGCGGCACUUGUCACUGACCCCCCUGAGCUCGUGGAAGAGCUUGCGCAAGUGACCCGCAAAGAACAAACCCUCCUCCAGCGCCGGGACGAAGACCUUGCGCGCCAACUCAAUGCCGAUUGGACGCCUCAAGUCGAUCGCUUCGAGUGCGAAUGCUGUUUCUCCGACGAUGUGACGUUCGAAGAGAUCGUUCCUUGUUCGACGGGACGACACUUUGUCUGUCGCACCUGCCUCAUCCGAAUCGUGCAAGAGAUGGUGUACGGUGGCACCGUUGCGAAGCCGACGAUUCAGUGCAUGUCGAUCGGCGACUGCAAAGAAAUGAUGGAACGCGAUCGAGUAGACCUCGUCUUACCGUCGGCGGUCAAGAAAGCUUGGGAUCAUCGCCUGGCGCAGAAUGAGAUCGAAGCUUGGGCCGGAACGAGCGAGGGGGGUCGUCGCCCCGCCCUCGUGCGAUGCUCCUUUUGUCCCUACGUCGAGGAGGUCGUCGAAGCUUCACUUUGGGGUCGCUUCUUCCCUCUCUUGGUGCGGGAUUUUCCGGCGAGCCCAUUGACCGUGCUCUCGGACCUGGCCUUCACCCUGUUCAAUCUGUGCCUUCUCCCCUUGCUUUACUUUUCCACGAUCUACGUCAUGUUGCUUAAUCCGGAUCCUUUCGCACCUUACUUCGCCAACGUCAACGCCAACGCCAACGACAUCAAUGCUUUGGCAGACAACGAUCCUGCACCCCAAGCUGUGCACCGUCAUCCUCUUCCUCGUCCUAACCGAUACUUUCGCACCGGGGCUCGCUUCCUUGCGGCCCAAGCUCGAACUCAACUUCUACGCUCUUCGCGCUCGAACUCAACGACCCUCUUCCGAUGCCGCAACACUCCCAACUCGCUCCCCCCCCCUCCCUUCGGCCGUAACGUCGAAGCAACUCGAACGCUCGCAGAACUAUUAUCCCAACCCUGGUGGCCAAUCCAUGCCCUCCACCCACCCACGAAAACCAACUCCCUUGAUCGAGACGAUCCAGAAUGGUGUGGGAGGACGUCGUGUAGGUUGUGUCAUCAGGUGGUGCCUUCGGAGGGUAUGCAUGCGUGUAAUCAAGAUCGGGAGGAGAGUUUGAGGUUGGCGAUGGAGACUGCCAUGUCUGAGGCCGUGAAAAGGGUUUGUACGAGAUGCGGGGUCGCUUUUACCAAGGAGUCGGGGUGCAAUAAGGUGAGUACUUAAAGCGCAGUUUGAAUCGAGUGCGGUUCUGACUGAUGUAAGGUGUUACGUUGGCUCAGAUGACGUGCCCUCGUUGCGGAGCGAACAGCUGUUACGUCUGUCGUCAGACGAUCGGGGACGAAAGCUACGCGCAUUUCUGCCAGCAUUUUAGGCCGCUUCGUAAGUUCAGCCCAUCUCGGCAUAAAGAGAUUCGCGAAAUUGAAACAUUUCCUUCGUCCCCUCUAGCCGGACGACCCUGUAACGAGUGUCGUAAAUGUUCGUUGUGGGACACAUCGAGCGACACCGACGUCGCUGCCAAAGCCGCCGAGCGAGGUUCGUUCUAUGCUGUGAGCCGAAUUGGGAAACCGCCACAACCGCUGACCCUCCACUUUUUGUUCGUCUCUUGCUUUCCUCCAGCUCGGCAAGCAUGGCUCAAAGACCAACCUUCUUCCGAACACGCCUUGCUCCGUCCAACCGUCGUCGGUCCCUCCGUGGAGCUGCAGGAUCCUACACAACGCGUGGUGGCGAUUGGGCCGCCUAAGCAGAGAUACGAGAAAUGUGAGUCUCGAAAUAUUAUCGUUUCUUUGAGAAAAGGAAGAUGAACUGAUGGGGUUGGUUUGAUUGAUAUCGAACACUGGCAGUUGAGUUGUUACCUUUCGAUUUCUUGUGCGACGUUUGCGAGAGGGUCUUCGCGAAGGGGUUGUGA